CCCUAUAAAAGCUCCCCUGUUACACUCCCUCGCAGCGUUGCGUCAUUCAGGUGAGUGGCCACCAAGGGAGUGAGGUGGAGGAAAGAAAAGAACGGCUAUUAAGCAAGCAUCGAAGUCGACUUGCAGUUUUACUAUAGGAUUGCGCGAGUAAGCACUAAUUUUUGGACAGGAAGUCGGUAAGUCGUUUCUUUAGGGGGAAAUAGUAACUAACUUAUGGUGAGGUUAUACCAGGAGUGUGCUAAGUCUCUCCGCGUAUACUCCUGGGUCUUGUGGCUAAAGCAGGAACCCCUAGAUGAAGUUAUAACAGCUUCACUUUGCUUUAAUUUAUUUAGUCAAUGUAACGUGAUGCUCACUCAAAACUUGCCAACGUCUUCAAAUCCGCUUGACUUUGGCUCCGGGCACUUUAUAAUCUUAUCUUUAUAAAUAUACACACCAGUAGCGGUGUUAAACACGGGGGUGCAGUUUAGACUGGUUUCUAUUUUAAAUUCUAUUCCAAACUUUCUCUGUACUGGAUUUACAUAUUGGCCCGACUAAAGCAGGAAGAUGAACUGGGGACAGCUGCACCUUAUUCUGGGAGGAGUCAACAAAUACUCGACCAGCAUUGGAAAAAUCUGGCUCACGGUGAUCUUCGUCUUCAGGAUCAUGAUUCUGGUGGUGGCGACGGAAAGCGUUUGGGGUGACGAGCAGUCGGACUUCAUCUGCAAUACCCUACAGCCCGGCUGCAAGAACGUGUGCUACGACCAGUUCUUCCCAAUGUCUCACAUCAGACUCUGGUGCCUGCAACUCAUCUUCAUCUCCACCCCCGCCCUGCUCGUCUCGCUGCACGUCGCCUACAAGCAGCAGGAAGAGAAGAGGUCCCUGGAGAAACGGCAAGGGUACCUGAAGAGGGAGGAGGUGGAUGCCUUGAGAAAACGGAAGAUGCGGAUUGUUGGCGCUUUCUGGUGGACCUAUGUCACCAGCAUCUUCUUUCGCAUCAUCUUCGAGACGGUCUUCACUUACAUGUUGUAUUUCCUGUACGGUGGGUUCCGGAUGGCCCGCCUGGUCAAGUGUAGCUCCUGGCCCUGUCCCAACAUCGUUGACUGUUUCAUUUCUAGACCCACGGAGAAGACUGUGUUCACCAUUUUCAUGGUGGUGGUUUCUGGCGUCUGCGUGCUGUUGAACGUGGCCGAGUUGUUGUACCUGAUGGCUAAGGCGUGCUCUCGGCAGGCUUGCUGGGCCAGGUGGCAUCACCACCCCAGCCACCUGUCCAGGAGGCAAGAGAUCCAACAGAACGAGGUGAACGAACUGCUCUCCAUCGAUGCCCACCGACAGAAAGCGACCUUGGAGCUGACCAAGCCCCCUCCGCUCACCCAUUGCACUGACUAAGCGGGGUGAGUGGGUGAUUACAGCGGGGCACAAGGGUUGCAUCUUUCACCUUCCAAGAGUGUGAUGCCGCCUUGGUUUGAACUUGCAGUUGACGCGAACAGUCAACGUACCCGGCAGGUGCUCCGAGCGCACAAUAGACACUAAUUUAACACUUUUUUUAAAUGUUUCAUUCGGGGUGCCUUUGCAUUUCCCGCUCAGUUCCAGUAUUAAUGUGCAGAAGCGGUGGUGGAUAGCAUCUGGGAGACUUAUUGCAGAUUUCUUCUCCCCCCCCUUCGUGUUUAAAAUGUUACGGAUAAUGGACUACCUGUAAUCGGUUAUCUCCGAGACUUGUGCGAAGUAGGGCGAUUUUGCCUUUUUUAAUGUGUGGGUUUGCAGUUAAAUAGAACUGUCGCGUUACAUGAGCCGGUCAGUAAUUAAACACUGCGGAGCGGCGGCCAGCGGAGGGCGCACUCUCCCAGCCAUUUGCAAAUCUAGAUUUUUUUUGAACAAUAAAACUCAUCACGUCCA